CUCGCUCAUUUACCAACUGCCCUCUCCACUCGCUGUGACAACAAUGGCGUCAGACAACUUAACAGCUGUCUUGUACGAUGUCAACGAUAUACGAUUGGAGCAGAGACCUGUCCCGGAGCCUGCAGAUGAUGAGGUGCUACUGGAGAUGUCCUGCGUGGGGAUUUGCGGAUCUGACAUCCACUACUGGGUGCACGGCCGCUGCGCAGACUUCAUACUCAAAGCUCCCAUGGUCAUGGGACAUGAGGCUAGCGGCACCGUUGCAAAAAUUGGAAAGAAAGUGAAACAUUUGAAACCAGGGGACAGAGUUGCAGUAGAACCUGGGGUCCCGUGCAGAUAUUGUGCACACUGUAAGCAAGGAAGAUAUAACCUGUGCGCAGACAUUAUCUUCUGCGCUACACCACCCUGCCAUGGCAACCUUGCUCGAUACUACACCCAUGCUGCUGACUUUUGUUUUAAGAUCCCAGACCAAGUUACACUAGAGGAAGCUGCUCUGUUAGAGCCGCUGUCAGUGGGCGUACAUGCAUGUCGUCGCGCAGGCGUCACUCUUGGCUCCAACGUUCUCAUCACAGGCGCAGGACCCAUCGGACUUGUCACAUUACUUACAGCCAAAUCAUUUGGAGCUGGCAAAGUCGUCAUCACUGAUGUGAUAGAUCACAGGCUGGGAGUAGCCAAGCAACUAGGAGCUGAUUACACAGUCCGCAUUGAUCCCAAAGCGUCAGAGAAGCAGACAGCAGCAGAAAUCAUUGAUUUGCUAGGAGACAGACCUGACAUCACCAUUGACUGUACAGGCUUUGAAGGGACUAUUCGGCUAGCCAUAGAGGCAACAGCAAGCGGAGGAGUUGUAACCAUUGUGGGUAUGGGCUCCAAUGAGGUCACAGUUCCGUUGUGUGCAGCGGCUGCCCGAGAGAUUGACAUCAGAGGAGUGUUCCGUUAUGCUAACGACUACCCAACUGCACUGGCCAUGGUGACUUCUGGGAAAGUAGAUGUAAAGAAAAUUAUAACCCACCACUUUACAAUCGAAGACACUGUAAAGGCUUUUGAGACAGCCAAGUCUGGAGUUGGCAACCCUAUUAAGAUCAUGAUCCACUGUGAUAACUCAGGAAAUGCAAAAAAGUAGUCUUUAAACUCUUAACAGGAUGAGGCUGAUUCUUGGUAAAGUGACACACCAGUAAAGCUAACUGCACUAUUUAGCUUACUGCUUGCUAUAAAGCUAACUGAUCUGGCAAAUCUUAGCAUCUGUGUGUGUAUGAUUGUAUACUUAAAAUAAAACAGAGCUUGAGAAA